AUGGCGGACUCGGCGGCGCUCAAGAAGGCCAUGAAAGCCGUCACCGAAUACAACCGUCAGCUGAAUCAGGAGCGCCGGGAGGACAGGCGUCAGUGCAUUGAUCUGCAGACCUAUACCAUUAACCAUCCGCUGGGUCUGGGCCUCCAAAACAAGAGUCUUCGUCGGAAGCGUCGCCGAAUGGGUCGAUACCCGAUCGCACUCUUCCACAACCACUACCAGGACUGGUAUAUGAAGUACUCGAGCGAAGAGCUUAAGUACUUCCCGUUGAAUACCGUUCUCUACGGACCCAUCAGUGAUGCCAACGCUUUGCCGCCUUUACUUCAGUCCUCUCUCGACGACACCAUCGCUUCCGACUCUGACGUCGCAUCCGAUAUGGGAUCAGAUGACGAGAGCUCUUGCAGUUGCGGCCCAAAUGCCACGGAAGGCGACGCCAACGAUAUGGACGACAGUUCCGAUAGCGACGACAGUCCGCCGCGACUCGAGCGACAGCAACAGCCCAUCCCCUUAACGGCGGUGACGCCCAAGGCUUCGGUGGUUAAGCCGAACGCCGUCUGCAAAGUGUGCAAAAUGUCGACCAAAGCGGGCGAAGAACUGCUGCACUGCUCGGACUGCGACAAUAGCGGCCAUCCGUCGUGUCUGGAGUUCACGGGAGAGAUGAUAGACGCCAUACGUCUGUAUCAGUGGCAGUGUAUGGACUGCAAGACGUGUGUCCACUGCGGACAGCCUCACGACGAGGACCGCAUGAUGUUCUGCGAUAAAUGCGACAGAGGUUACCACACCUUCUGCGUCGGCCUCAAGACUAUACCACACGGCCGGUGGGUCUGCCUGUUGUGCGCCAAUUGUGGUGAAUGCGGCGCUAAGAUACCGGCGCCCGUCAACCAGAAGGGCGCGCACUGGCAGCACGAGGUGAUCAAAAUACUGUCCCCCACGGGAGAGACUAUGACCAGACAUCAGGUGCUCUGUCACGCCUGCUAUAAGACACGAAAGCAGAGGAAUAGUAAUCAAUAA